UUUCUGUGUAUUUAAUUGUUAUUAUUUUUUCACAGGUCUGAAAUUAAAAUGUAUCUCAAUGGUAAUUAGCAAGGCGAUGCUUUUUGCACAUAUGGCGCAGAGAUCAAAGGAAGUUGCAAAAUAUGAUCCAGCUAUGCUUGCUGCAGCUACUCUCACUUUGAGCUGUAAAUCCUAUGAUGAAACUCUUAGCAAAACUAUGGUGGUACUUACGUUUCAUCAUAUGAUAAAAAAGGAAUAUCUCUUGAACUUAUUGAGUGAAAAAAAAUUCAACCUUGACAAGUAUCUGGAGAAAACUGAACAUAUGUUGUUCAGAGUGCUGGGUGGCAACACUUCUCAGAAAAUAGCACAUGAGUAUGUUCUAUUCUUUACUCGAAAUCUGAUUCCUGUAACUGAAGUAGGAUCCUGCUGGCAAACUUUUAAUACCACUGUGUGGAAAAUCAUUUCGGAUUUCUAUAUGUUAGAGGUGUGUGUUGAAUUUACAGCCUCUCAAAUUGCUGUUGUUGCUAUGCAUGUUGCUCUUAUGACUUGCAAAGUGAAGUCUUAUUUGCCAUCUGAUUGGCAUCAGCUUUUCAGUCCUGAUUUAACAAUGGAAAUAAAAAACCGCUUAGCACGAGUGAUGAUAGAUAUUUGUUCUCAGAAAUGAGUUAAUGGUGUCAAGUACAGAACAGAUUGUGGAACACUGAGCUUAAUCUUCAUAUUCCAUGGCGUUUUCUCUGAUUCUCCCUUCUAUUUCAAUUGAUAUAUGUAUAACUGUUUUAAAAUCAUGUGAUUAGUGUUCGCAAUGACUGCUUUGUAUUUGUUAUGUUUUAAGUAAUAAAGUUUUUGAAUGUGA